GCCCCUGACCUGAGACAAGGGAGAGUACGGGCCUCGCGCUAGCCGCCGGGGAUGAGGGCUAGCCGGGUUCGAGAUGACCGAGGGUGGCAGGACAUCGGGGGUGACAACAGGGAACGGUGACAACUGUGGGUGGGGAAAUGGGGUCGGCUGGCGACCGGAGGAACAGAGGGUGGGCUAAGCCUGGGUUCUGGCUGGAGCAGGUAGAUGCCAGUGGCGGCGCAUCCUCGAAGACGUGGCUCAUCUGCCCAGAUUCCCUUCUGGGCCCAGAGCGCUCUACCCUAGCCUGCCAGCACUGGGCCUACUGGUGAUCUUGAGCCAGCCCCUGCCCCUCUCUGUCUGGUCAUCCCCUCUCCUGCCACCGGCUAGCAAUUAGUCUCUUUUAGGGAACCUCCCUGACAUGCUUGCCUCUCCUCAGGGUGGCAUCUGCUGACCAGCAGCUCUUGGGAGAGCCUGGGUUUGUCCUGGUCCUGUCGGGGACACCCCCACAAUUGCCUCACCCCUCCCCUCAGCCCAGUCCAGGAUCCUGCUUUUCUUCUCCAAGUUUCCCAAAGACUUGCGGGGGUGGGGUGGGGCCGAUAAGACAGUCUUGGCCUUAGCUGAAUGUUCUUGGCACGUUCCUUCAGCCAGAGAUUCAGCCUCACCUUCACUUCAGCCAAGGGGUCUGACUCUCUCCAGACUGAUCUCACAGCUGAGAAAUCCCCAGAGAGAGCUGGGUGGCUGGGUGGCUGCUGUGAUCAGAACCGGGUGCUGCCCAGUGGGAAGGACAGAAGGUGAGGCAAGGCUGAAGUGCCCCUUGACCUUGCUCUGAGCCAUCCUGUUUCCUGGGAGGAGACCUGGGGGCGCCAGGAUGAAUGUACUUCUAUACUUCUCCUGGAUUGUCUCCGGCAUCUCCCUCCUCUCUGAAUUCUAGGGCUCCUAAAUACCUCCCCCCAUCACUGCCUUCCUCAGAGUGGCCCCCUCCGCCACCCCAAUUCCAGGGUCCCACACUCUCUUUCACUUUGCUUCAGCUGAAACUCGGGGCCAGUGUUGGAUGUCAGGGAGCAAGAUCUUAAGACCUCCACACAUACCAAGCACAGGCCAGCAGGGCCCUCCUGGGUCAGGGACUCCCAACUGUAGGUUUGAGCUGCCAGCUCUGUGGAGGGGUCCCCCCUCAGGGCUGAGUUUGCCUCCUUGGCAUGUGUCCCCCGGACUCAAAGUCUGGGUUCCACAGCAGGCACACACACAUAUAUGCCAUCCACACCUGGAACACAGCAGCCAACGCCCCCGCUGUGCAGAUGACACAGCCAUGGACACACCCAGACACCAUGUCAGCCCUAGAGUCGCCCAUAUCCAUGUGUGUCCUGCUAAGUUGCCCGGACGUGGCCACCCCCAGAGUCUCCAGUUUGACUGGCUAACUGCCUAGCAGGCUGGAAGAUUCCCCGGCCUGAGCCGAUCUCUGAGGCCGGACAGGCAGGCCACCAGCCAGCUCCUGGGAACCCAGCCUCGGCUCCCCGAAUGGGGUUGCGGAGCCCUCACAGUGCAGCCAGAAUGGGUAUGGGAUAGGAUUAGGCAGGUGUGGUGUGCCAGGGUCUGUGGCCCCCUCUGCUCAUGAGUACCUAGGGGCCCUUCUUUGUGUAAGUCUUCUAAGGGUCAUCCCUGACCUUCACUGUUGGAUUUGGCUCCUGCCCACCUCUUCCUGCCUCCCAAGCAGUAUCUGGCGCUGGUGACCCACGCCGUCCUCCCUACUCCUUCCUUUGGCCUGGCAGGGUCGGCUCAGGAGCAGGGAGACCCUGCCUCCCAUGUGACACCCUUUGCUUUUAUGGCUGGGUUAUAAGUUUUUCUUAAGGGUUGGGCCCAUGGUUUCAUUACCUUGGACCAGAGGGGAACCAGAUCCAGAGCAGAAGCCUAAGGGUGCAUUUUGUGAGCAAUGAGGGAGGACCAGCUGUCCGCUCCUUGGGCACCAGGGCCAUGCCCCUCACUCCCAGGAAGCCCAGGAUCACCAUGCUGGGUGGGGUUCCCCUAGAGAGAAGCUACCGCUCGAGUGAGGACUAGCUUAUCACUGCAACUCUAGCCCGCUGAGGGUACAGUGUGGCUGAAGCCCUUGUGUCUGGCGGGGUAGGACCCCUCAUUGUGGGUGGGGACAGUUCUGGUGAAGAGCCAGCUUUGCUGGGGAUCGUGGAGCCUAGCAGGGCUGGCUUGCCAGGGUGGGACCUGGGAUGGGCACGAGUACCUUGCCCUCCGUCAAGAGCUCACGUUUAUGGGAGGUGGGACAAGCCAGAGCCUUUAGAGGCCGCUGCCCAUGUGGAACCCUGAGCUGGGAGGAGCAGAGAGCAGGAUCGGACACUGACCUGUUUAAGCUCUGCCCACUGUGGGCUGAGUCCCUCCCAUUGCUCAACUGGGCCAGUGCAUUUAACUAGCUCACCUCAGCCAGGAGGGCACCAGUGUGAGACGUCUUUGCACUGCAUCCCGUCAGUGUGACCUUGUCCUUUUCUGGGUGUGGAUCAGAUGGGGCAGAGGCCCCGGUGGGCCCAGCCUGAGCCAGCUAUGCAGCCUUUGCCUGCUGGGGCCGUCCUGGAGGAGGUGGCAGAGGAGAUCCCCGCCCAGACAGAGAGUGAGCCCAAGGCGCUAGACCCGGAGGAAGACCUGCUGUGCAUAGCCAAGACCUUCUCCUACCUUCGGGAAUCUGGCUGGUAUUGGGGUUCCAUUACGGCCAGCGAGGCCCGGCAACACCUGCAGAAGAUGCCAGAAGGUACAUUCCUAGUACGUGACAGCACCCACCCCAGCUACCUGUUCACACUGUCAGUCAAAACCACCCGUGGCCCCACCAACGUGCGUAUCGAGUACGCCGACUCCCGCUUCCGCCUGGACUCCAACUGCCUGUCCAGGCCGCGCAUCCUGGCCUUCCCAGACGUCGUCAGCCUCGUGCAGCACUAUGUGGCCUCCUGUGCUGCCGACACCCGAGGCGAUGCCCCGGACCCUGCGCCGCCUCCAGCCCUGCCUGUCCCUAAGGAGGACGUGCCUGGCGACCUGGCUCCGCCCACCCCGGCGGCCACUGCUGUGCACCUAAAACUGGUGCAGCCCUUCGUGCGCAGGAGCGGCACCCGCAGCCUGCAGCACCUGUGCCGCCUGGUCAUCAACCGGCUGGUGACCGACGUGGACUGCCUGCCGCUGCCCCGGCGCAUGGCCGACUACCUCCGACAGUACCCCUUCCAGCUCUGACCUGGCCACGUAGCCUCCUCGCCUCACCCAGCCGUCCUCUGGAGGGGACCCUGGCCCCAGCUGGACUCGGGCUCUUUCUGUCCCUCCUCCAGUCAUCCUGGCACCCAUGUCCUUCUGGCAGCUGGACCAGGAAGAGGCAGCAGGAGUGAGGCUGGGGACAAGGUACAGAGGGAGGUUGAAGGCCUAACAACUUGAAGGCCAAGCGCCAGCUCCCACAUGGCUCCACGGUGGUGAGCCCUGUGUCAGAAAAAGAGGGAGACAGGCCGGAUCUGUCUCACCUGUGGGCCCCCACUCACCUGCCGUGGCUUCCCGAACUGUAGAGACUCUGCCAGCCCUGGUUUCUCAGUUCGCAGGGUGGGGCGGGCCCCUCCUUCCAACCCGAGUUUCUUAGGGAGGAUCAAAGCCAGAGGAACUGAGGUUGACAGUGACAGUCCCCUGGUGGGAGAGCAGGCCAGGCCGGGGACUGCACAGUUUUACAGUAUUUAUUUAUUUAUUCUCCAGGGGUUGGUCUCAGGGUGAGCCAACCCCACCUCUCCCCUGAGCCCUGAGUGCUCUGAGACCCCAGCUUCUCUGGCUCCUCCCUGUGGAGAGCCCCAUCCCGAGACCGGGUGCUGGACCUGAGGCAGUUGUGGCUGUCCUGGUGCUGACCCCCCACCUGUGGAUGUGCCCGCCCCCUUCCGCGCAGGCCCUGCUCUGGGAGGGCGGAAGAAUGGACGAGAAGGUGGAGCCAAAGCCGCAGCCCCUGCACCCACAGCCUGCAGAGCUGCACCCUCACAGGGCCAGACCCGGGGGGCAGGGGCUGCGGCUCCAAGCUGCAGGGUUUGCUUCCUCCUGGGAAGGUGUGCCUGCCACCUGAGAGAGGGAAAGAAAUACAUGUCUGAUAAGACUUUAUAAAAUAAUUAUUGUAACAAAACCGUUUGGUAGUCUUUUUUUCUCCCACUGGUUUUUCUGUAAUGACAAUAAAAUCGUGCCUUUCAUUCGUGGAGGCCUGAGUGGGGCCUCUUGAGCUCUGUACA